GAAGUCAGCGCAAGUAGCCACCAGCCUGGACCCGUGGAUGUUGGAUAUCAAUCUUCAGAAGCCCCCCAAGGGGAAAUGGCCCACACCUCCCUUCGACCCUCGCUUCCCCAACCAGAACCAGACGCGUAACUGCUACCAGAACUUUCUGGACUACCACCGCUGCCUGAAGACCAUGAACCGGCGCGGGAAGAGCACGCAGCCUUGCGAGUACUAUUUCCGCGUGUACCACUCGCUGUGCCCCAUCAGCUGGGUCCAGCGCUGGAAUGAGCAGAUCCGAGACGGCACCUUCGCGGGCAAGAUCUGAUUGUCCAGCGUUGGCGACCCCCGCCCGCAAGCCACCCCCAGCCAUAAAUAAAACCCUGGUGUUGCCGGCGCUUCUCUGCA